CUGCUUUACGGCAAAGCGAACGAGAGCGUUGCAGAAAAUACCAGUGAGGGAGAACAAUUUUUUAACCUGCACUUUCAAUACGGCAAAAAUGAUCGAGGUGGUUUGCAACGAUCGUCUUGGAAAGAAAGUCCGAGUCAAAUGCAACUCAGAGGAUACCAUCGGAGAUCUGAAGAAGCUCAUCGCAGCUCAGACAGGAACACGAUAUGACAAGAUCGUUUUGAAAAAAUGGUAUACCAUAUUCAAGGACCAUGUGACUCUAGGAGACUAUGAAAUCCACGAUGGAAUGAACCUGGAGUUGUACUACCAGUAGAUCAGGAGGACCACAAGUCAGAGAUGCUCAAACACAACUUCAUACACACACAGCUGUGUGCAGCUGAAAGGGGGCGCCAUCCACCGGACAAAAACACACUGCUGUCAUACAAGUCUCAGCAUAAUGGGAAAGCUAUGUUCUGGUCAAAAUCAGUUUCUUUUGAUAUUCUGUAAAUAAAUGCAGCGUGUUCACAAGAAAAGUUGCUGGUGAUUGUUGCAGUUUUGAAAAAUGAAUUUAUCUUUAGACUUAACCAUUUGGAUGAUUGUUUUGUGAUGCACUGUUUGGUUUUGAUGUUAGCAAUCUCUGCGUUAAACUUUUGAAAAAACACGACAAAUUGAUACGUGAUCUAGUAGUUUUAAAGUGAGACCAAAAAAAGGAUGGAUCUGUGGAAAUGUAAUCAGUGUUUCUCUACAUUUUUCUGCACGUCAUUUAGUUUCUCUUCUCCAUCAAUCCAUUAUCUAAAAGUUUUAAAUUAUCAAACGGGUAUAAUUCUGGUUCUUAUCUAGAUGUCUUUUGUUUUCUAUAUAAAGAAGUAUGUUUUUUCCAAAACAUUGGUCAUUCUGUUUUUUUUUUUUUAUGUUAAUCUUCUGAGUAAAACGCUCGCUCUUUUAAAAAGUCAGUUUCAGUGACUUAUUUUUGUUUAAAAGUAUCUAAUUUGUCAAGUUCAGGCCUUCAACCAGGUGCUGUAGGUCUGAACUGGCUCUGAGUCCAAACAACUGACAGGCCGACCUACAUUUGUGGUUACACAUCGUUAGUGUUCUAUAUUUUUCUAUAAUUAAAAAGUUUAUAAAACCUUCAGUAAAUAACCUCUAA